AUGGCUUCUCUAGAGGAACCAAAAGGCCUUCCUAACAUUCCUCUUGAUGACGAAGUAAGGAAAGAAGAAGAGAGCUAUUGCCAUGCACUGCAGCUGGUGGUUUCUUCUGUGCUGUCUUUCUCCAUGCAAUCAGCGAUUGAGCUAGGCGUUUUUGACAUCAUAGCAAAAGAGGGUCUAAAUGCCAAGCUCUCUUCAUCUGAGAUUGCAGUUCACAUCGGCACCAAGACCCCUAACGGACCCAUGAUGCUAGAUCGAAUUCUAGCUGUCCUGGCCAGCAACUCUGUCCUCGAUUGCACGGUUGUUAACGGUAAAGUUGACAAGUGUUUCCGAAGGCUCUACAGCCUUACCCCUGUGUCCAAGCAAUUUGUGACUACUGUAGAUGGUGUUUCCUUAGGCCCUGUAUUGGCUAUGUUUCAAGACAAGGUUUUCUUAGAAAGCUGGCCUCAUCUGAAAGAUGCAAUUAUUGAAGGAGAAAAUCCAUUUGACAGAGCGCAUGGCAUGCACGCUUUUAAGUACGCAGGUGUCGACCCUAGGUUUAACAAAAUGUUCAACAAGGGAAUGUUCAACUGGACCACCAUACUUAUGAAGAGGAUUCUUGAUCUCUACAAAGGGUUUGAGCACGUUACGCAGCUUGUUGAUGUUGGUGGUAAUUUGGGAGUAGCAAUUAGUCUAAUCACUUCUAAAUAUCCACAUAUUAAGGGCAUUAAUUUUGACUUGCCUCAUGUUAUAAAACAUGCCCCAUCUUAUCCUGGAGUGGAACAUGUAGGAGGAGAUAUGUUUGAAACUAUUCCGAAUGGGGAUGCCAUUUUUCUGGAGUUCAUACUUCAUGGCUGGAAGGAUGAAGACUGCAUAAAAUUAUUAAAAAUUUGUUACAAUGCAAUUCCGGACGAUGGAAAAGUGAUUGUGGUGGAGGCACUUCUCCCAAUUAAGCCGGAAACUGACCUACCUAUGAGCGUAACCGCCCUAUUUGAUGUGCAUAUGAUGACUCAAACCGGGGGAGGGAUGGAGAGGAGCCCAGAAGAAUUCAUGGCCCUGGCAACUGGUGCUGGAUUUAGUGGCAUCAGAUUUGAAUGUUUUGCCGCUAAUUUUGGGGUGAUGGAAUUCUACAAGUAG